AUGCCAGCCCCGAGGCAGGCAGCGCGAGCGCCCAGAGGCGGCCCAAUGAAGCCCGACCCCAGAAUUGAGCCCCCCCAGAAUGAGCGCCACCCCCAGACAGUAAAUUACCGUAAUAUAAUGCCCCGUCUGGCCGCGGCUCAGCCAGAUCGGGCGCUUCCGGUGGCCUGUCUCUCUGCUGCAGAGGAAACCCAGAGAAUACCGGUCUCUGGUCCGGCUAAGGUCAUCAGGUCAUCAGGCGGUCCUCCUGUCCUGACCUGUUCUGACCGCAUAAGGAUCGUUGCGGGGGCGACUUGGCGGCUCAUGCACCGGCAACAGAACUAUCGUGUGAAGACAACUUCCCCCCAUAAAAAAAAUAUAGAAAUAAUUCAAGUAGACUGGAAUGAAAAAGGCAUCACUCUUUCAGAUGUGGAUAGGUGGAAAUGCGAAAUCACAGCAAAGGUAUUCCAAGCGCAGACUGGACGCAAAUUUGCAUCUUUAGAAGACAUCCAGGACAAAGCGCUGGAGACAGCAAAACACACUGACACAUCCCUAUCAAGAGGAGUGGACAAAAUACAAGGAAAACUCAUCAUGAAUGGAGACACCAGCAUGAUAAACAUUCUGCACCAAUUUUUCCAACCAAGUGCUGGCCACAGAACACUGAAGAACACUGAGAUGCAAGAUGAUCAAACUGACUUCCCGAAGAACAGAAACAGAAUCGUAUUGCCGAUGGAUUGUGAAUCCUGGGCAUACAACAAAGACAUCAAGAACCGAAUCCGUUCAUUUGAGAUCCGUUGUUUCCGAAAAUUGCUGCGAAUCCAGUGGCGACAUCCGGCAACUCCUUUACAACGAUACAGGUUUCAUUCUCGUUCGCUUUACUCUCUGCCUGAGUUUCUGAGACGAGAAGCCGUAAGUUUAGCUGAUGCUGUAGAAGUCUGCGCAACUCCGGGUGGAAGGAGUUCUCGGCCCAAGCUUCAAAGUAUUGACAGGAUGAGGAGCGACUUCGAAAGGGCGGUCACUUGCAACCUGUGCUGGCAAUUAUUCGCAACAGGCCCCCGCGCCCCCCUAGUCCUUCCAAAAUGUGGCGACACCUUUUGCCGGGCGUGCCUGCGGAAAGUGCAGCCCCAGACCGCCUGGAUGUGUCCCCUCUGCGCACAUGCCUACACAGAGAUAUCGGUCCCAGAUUUGCCUGUCAACUUUCUUGCUCUCGUUGUGACCUCAGUCCUGAAGGAGUCUUUCCACGAGAAGAUUCAGCCAGAAUCGAAAGGCUCUUCUGAUCACUUUCGUAGGUCACUGAAUAGAAUAAGAAAGAAAUUAUGCUCAGUGAUUGAUCGUUUAGAAUCACCGAAGGUAUUUCAAUUCUCAGUUGAACAAGUGUCUUUUUCUAACGAUGACACAUCGGGAUCAGGUUCUUCCUCUGCAUCUGCUAGUGCACUGGCAUCAGUUAGAAUUGGAGAAACGAAGUCAGCUGCAGACAGCGUGUCCCUAGCCCAUUCUGUGAGGGACGAGGGAACUGCAGCAAAACCCGAGUCUUCAGUCUCGAAUAUAUUGGCACAACUACCUUUUUCUUGGCUGCAAAUAAAGAAGUCUGCUGCAUCUAAUGGUCAGUGUAAUGGAUCUACACAGGAAACGGGGUGUUUAUCUAAUGGGAUUAUGUUCGCCUCUGGCUUGACAUCUUUGCCACCGAAAACUGAUCUGAGAGACAGUAGCCAGGAUCCAAAACCUUUGGAGAACAACGAGUCUAAUUCACCUUCCAGAUCUCUGCCAAAUGACACUAAUGCCAACGUAGAUGUAAAUGAGAUGAAGUCAUUAACCACAUCAAAAUCCACCAGUGAAUCCUCGGAAGUCGAUAGUUCGAGUUCAGCUGUGAAAGAAUCAACACAAGAAAACUCUUUUAGUGUCUGCAGAAUUUCUACUCUCCAGAUCAAAGAUGAAGCAAAUUACCAUCAGAAGGUUCCAUCUGAAGAAUUUGGAUUAACAAAUGCCUCAGACUCAGCCUCAGCCAGCACCGCAUCCACAAGCAGUUCAUCUUUGGAAACCUCGGCCCCAAGGUCAACCUCAACGCCUGGCGAUUCCUCUUCCAAAACUGCAGCAGCAAGUAAAGUUAUUCCAUCCGCAGAUCCAAUAGAUAAUUACUCUCGUAGCAUGAAACCAAAAGAUGGAAGUGGAAAUCGUUUCAGACCUACGCCUAUAGACCCAAAGAUGGCCAUUAUGACUACAUUCGAAAGCUUAACAAUGAAAAGGGAUACUAUGAAGAGAUCACAUCCAAAGGAUUCCUUGGCCGAGAACCUAGUGUGCAUGUGAUGAGAAAGACAAUUUGGAGAAGACAAGGAAAAUGUCAUGGAAGAGCAACACAUCUCAUUCCGUAACUUCGCCUAAAUUUGACGCUGAAAAAAAUCUUGAUCUACAGUGUCAGUCCAGAAACACGUCCCUUUUUGGUCUCGGUGCAAGACCAAAGACUCUUUUCGUGCCUAAAAAGAAACAAUGAAAUUCUUACAACAAAUUUUUGGCUAAAUCCAAAUCCUGUCGAGGUAACCACAAUUAUUUUUCUAUAUUAUUGUUUUCUGUUUAUCUCAUAUGGUAGUGGAAUAUAUCUUUUAAAACCGGAACUCAAAAUAGGUUGUAUGCUUUAUUUGGAAGGACUUUUGAUGUCAACCUUUUUUUCUUGUCUCUUUUCAUCAUACAGUCCAGAUCCAUUUUUUAUUAUUUAAUUAUAAUAUAUAAAACACACACACUAUAUGUAUGUGUAUAUUUACAAAUGAUGAUGUAUGAAUUAUGAUUACCGUAAGACCAUUAUUACAAUAUGUAGUAAAGUGUAAUAUUGGAGACAACGCUUAACUUCUCAAGCAACGUGUGAAUGUAAACUCCACUUUAUAUUAAUUAAUAUGACAAUAAAGGAACAAACCAUUUU